AUGACUAUUACUAAAGAAAGAUUCGUUAUUGACGCACACCAUCCUCGUGAGAGUUUCGACUCGACGGUCAGUCCUGACGACCGUCUUAAAUUGGUAUACAAUGUGUACAAGGACGACCGGUUCGACAAUUCCACAGCAGACCCUACUACAUUGAUCAAUCUUGUGUUUGCUCAUGGCACACAGAUGAACAAGGAGAUCUGGCAGUAUAUGAUUGAGCUCUUUUACAACGAUUUUGGCGCGCGACUUGGUAACGUUGUUGCCAUUGACGCUAUUAACCACGGCGAGUCUUUAAUUCUUAACAACGGAAAACUGGGUCCUUACAUCACCUGGUCUGACGGUGGUAAAGAUAUCAACUGUGUUAUUCGUGCUCUAAACAACGUGGGUCCUACAAUUCUCAUUGGCCAGUCCAUGGGUGGUGCCAUGUGUACCUACGCAGUUAUCCACGAGCCCGGUCUGAUUGACUCGAUUGUCAUUAUCGAUCCUGUAUUGUAUUUGGAUCCUGAAUACUAUACCAACGAGCAUGUCACUGCCCUGACCAGCGAUCGAUUCAAGAAACUCGAGAAGUACAUCAAAACCAAGUUCCAGAACAGAGAAGAGUAUGAGACAUACAUGUCCAAAAAGACCAUUUCACGAGGAUUCCAUCCCCGAGUUCUCAAAGACUAUAUCGACACUUCUGCUAUUGAGAACCCUGACGGCACCAUCUCCACCAUCAACAGUCUGGACCAGCAACUCAUUUCAUACUUGUCUUCACAGCCCACUCUACGAGACCUGUACUCGCUAUUGACAGCCAUUGACAGCGAGGUUCUCUAUGUAUGUGGUGACAUUGCCGACUGGAACCCGCCAGAUGCUCACGAGAAGGUGAUCGAGCGUCUGCGAUACGGCAGUCUCAAAAUUAUCCCCGGCGGCAAGCACCUGGUCGUAUUUGACAUGCCCGACGAGACCUACGCCGCCAUCAAAGACUUUGUCGACCGCCGAGGCAAACGCGGCUCCGAACUCAUCCAAAAAGCCCGUGCUCGCUCCAACUACAGCCUCAACCAGCGUCUCGAGUUCGCUCACGAGGGCCGCAAGUACCAACUCGAAUCACUCGCCGCCGGCAAACGGUUCGUCUACUCCAAGCUCUAA